GAACCUUUUUACAGAAUUAAAUAACAAUUGUAUUUUGGGAAAAAAAGACAAUGACGAAGAUUCUUACUAUUUUUCGAUUUACCUUUUUAUGGAGUCAAUUGUUUCAAAUAUGUGUUACUUCACAAUGUGAGAUGUCAGGCAUGCAAACGUCCAUGAAAAAUAACAUGAGGUUUAAAUUCACCUUUAAGACAUUCAGUACAAUGGGAAGAAAAAUGUGCAUAAAGAAAUGCCUUAAUUAUCCAUCUUGUCUUUCAAUUAAUUUUGAAAGAGCACACCUGAAAUGUGAACUUAUUCAGUUUUCAAGCGAAGUCAAUUCCCUGUUUUUAUUGGAAGAAUCUGGAUUUGAACACAUUAUUAUCAAUAAGACGAACACAUCACUAAAAACUGAAAAGAAAUCCACAUCUUUACCAGGAAAGUGCAAUGAAAUCAAUUGUGAACAUGUAACAACACGAUCAGGACAAAGUUUCUGUUUGCAGGAAGGUAUCCGUUCAGCUUAUGGAAACUUCGCACAAAACAAGUCUGUUGCCUCCAGUUCUGUUUUUGGCGAUGACCAUGAGAAAUACAGUCCCAUGAGACUAACUGAUGGCGACCAAAGAGCAAUAAAUCCAUUCUGUGCUGCGACAAAGCCAGAGAGUAAUCCAUGGAUGAGAAUAGAUCUGGGCUAUACUUAUCAAAUAGAUCAUGUUCUUGUUUUCAAAGGUUGGUUUUGGGAUGAACCAUGUCAGACAUAUGAGGUCCGAGUUGGAGCAACGACAACUUGGAACGACAUGACGUCAUGUGGAGAAGGAUUACAAGCAAGAAAUGAAACUAUCGUCUGCAAAGACUGCCUACUUGGGCGUUAUGUCCAACUGCAACUGAAAUCAACAAAUAGCAACUGUUAUAUUGUCUUAUGUGAAAUGGAAGUCAUUGCAGCAGUUGUGUAA